CCCAACUGGCAGGGACAGCUGCAGACAGGGGCCGAAGCAGCUUUGUUCCCAGGGUGGCACCCGCCCUCCAUCCAGGCCCCACUCCGGUUCCAACCCGACCUGCUUUCCUCCUGGGGCUUAGUGGGUAGCCGGUACGGUGGGUCCCAAGCCAUGAGUGACUAGAGGCACAGAGCCACCAGGGUCUCUCCACGUGGGGCACAGGACUCUGGAGGAUGGGGCAGGACCAGACAAAGCAGCAGAUCGAGAAGGGGCUCCAGCUGUACCAGUCUAACCAGACAGAGAAGGCUCUGCAGGUGUGGAUGAAGGUGCUGGAGAAGAGCUCAGACCUCGUGGGGCGCUUUCGCGUGCUGGGCUGCCUGGUCACAGCCCACUCGGAGAUGGGCCGCUACAAAGAGAUGCUGAAGUUUGCCGUGGUUCAGAUUGACACCGCCCGGGAGCUGGAGGAUGCCGACUUCCUCCUGGAGAGCUACCUGAACCUGGCACGUAGCAACGAGAAGCUCUGCGAGUUUCACAAGACCAUCUCCUACUGCAAGACCUGCCUUGGCCUGCCUGGCACCAGGGCUGGUGCCCAGCUUGGAGGCCAGGUCAGCCUGAGCAUGGGCAAUGCCUUUCUGGGCCUCAGCGUCUUCCAGAAGGCCCUGGAGAGUUUCGAGAAGGCCCUGCGCUAUGCCCACAACAACGACGACACCAUGCUUGAGUGCCGUGUCUGCUGCAGCCUCGGCAGCUUCUACGCCCAGGUCAAGGACUACGAGAAAGCCCUGUUCUUUCCCUGCAAGGCCGCAGAGCUGGUCAACGACUAUGGCAAGGGCUGGAGCCUCAAGUACCGGGCCAUGAGCCAGUACCACAUGGCUGUGGCUUAUCGCCUGCUGGGCCACCUAGGCAGUGCCAUGGAGUGUUGUGAGGAGUCCAUGAAGAUUGCACUCCAGCAUGGGGACCGGCCUCUGCAGGCGCUUUGCCUACUCUGCUUUGCUGACAUCCACCGGAGCCGUGGGGACCUGGAGACAGCCUUCCCCAGGUACGACUCUGCCAUGAGCAUCAUGACUGAGAUUGGAAACCGCCUGGGGCAGGUGCAGGUGCUAUUGGGUGUGGCCAAAUGCUGGGUGGCCAGGAAGGCACUGGACAAGGCUCUGGAUGCCAUUGAGAGAGCCCAGGACCUGGCCGAGGAGGUGGGGAACAAGCUGAGCCAGCUGAAGCUGCACUGCCUUAGUGAGAGCAUCUACCGCAGCAAGGGGCUGCAGCGGGAGCUGCGGGCGCACGUUGUGCGCUUCCACGAGUGCGUGGAGGAGACGGAGCUCUACUGCGGCCUGUGCGGCGAGUCCAUAGGUGAGAGGAACAGCCGGCUGCAGGCCCUGCCCUGCUCCCACAUCUUCCACCUCAGGUGCCUGCAGAACAGCGGGACCCGGAGCUGCCCCAACUGCCGCCGUUCCUCCAUGAAGCCCGGCUUUGUGUGACUUCCAGCAGCAGCCUUGGCCCUCCGCUCACCCCCUGCUCCCCUCCACCCUAAUGCUGGUCACCCUGGUUUACUGCUAGGGCAGCUGCCGGGGCCUCCUUGGCACAGCCAGGGCCUGGGACUUGCCUGCUGCUGCUCCGCUGGGCCCAGCUGCCCUACCCCCCACCUCUUUGUACUGUGCUCUUUAUAGAGAAAUAAACCAUUUGUACCUGGUGCCAG